GACAGUCGCUCGCUUUGCUUGUUGUUCGGGGAGUUUGGAUUUUGGUGUCGAUGUCAACAGUCGAUUGUAUUUUUAUUUUGAAAAGAUGCAGUGCCUUGUCGUAAUAAUAAAACUUAAUCUUAUUUAAUAUAUGUUGUAUGUUAGUUGUUAUGAACUUAGUGCUAAUGAUUAUCUCUAAAGUUUAAUGGUUGACCGAUAAAAGUGUGUUAAAAUGUGUGAUAAUGUUUGUGCUUGGUGCUUGGUUUUGUGUUCGUUAUUUCUGUUGGUUCUGACAAAGGAUGGCGUGGAAGCUCAGGGAUUCAAUCGGCCAGCCAAAGACUUCUCAAGACACAGAGUGGUGCAGCCGGUGGUACUCCAUGGCAGGACCAAGAGAGAAAUAUCCACUACUAGAGACAAGAGUGGCACACACCAUCCAGAGUUGGCGGUGACGUUGGACAUCGACGGGGAGAAGCAUAUCCUGGACCUGAGACUGAACUAUGGCCUGGUGACCGCUGACCACACCAUCAGCUAUCAGCAGAAUGGAAACACUGUGGUGCGACAGCCUAAUAAAGAGGAGAUAGACUUAUGCCAGUACUCUGGCAGCCUGAGAGACAAGCCUGGCUCCUUCGCGGCCGUGUCCACGUGUCACGGGCUCAGGGGCGUCAUAUACGAUGGAGAACAGAUGAGGUACAUCGAGCCUGCUGAAGGCGGCGGUAUCCAGUCGAACCACUACAUAUACGACCACACAGAUCUCAAAACACAACACAAACACAAGUGUGGUUACAAUGGAGGGGUUACGAAAAAUGCUACUUACGAUCAAACGCUGUUCGACAAGUAUCACAGGGAGAAAGACGUGGAGAGGAGUAGAGUUAGUCGGUACAAAAGGGACACAUCAGACAUGUUAGUCCGGGGGCCGUACAACGCGAACAAAAUGACGCGCUACGUGGAGUUAGUGCUCGUUUCCGACAACGGCGAGUACUUAGCCAACAGGGAGAGCUUGCAAACAGUGCACCAUCAACUGAAAGACAUCGCCAACAUCAUUAAUGCUGUAUACUCUCCACUAAACAUUUUCAUAGCGCUCGUGGGCGUCGUUGUAUGGACAGAAAGAGACGAAAUAGUAUUAGAAGAGAACGGAGAUACAACUUUGACGAAUUUCCUACAUUAUCGUAGGAAGGUAUUGCUCACAGAUAAAAGAUUACGGAAUGACAACGCGCAUUUGAUCACGCGUCAAAAAUUCAAAGAAGGCGUAGUUGGUAAAGCGUUGAAAGGUCCAAUCUGCACUUACGAAUUCUCGGGGGGCGUUGCGAACAACCACUCGGAAGUUAUAGGGCUCGUGGCCACCACCAUAGCGCACGAGAUGGGCCACAACUUCGGCAUGGAACACGACACGGACGACUGUGAAUGUCCCGACGAUAAGUGUAUCAUGAGCCCGUCCAGCACGUCCGUGAUGCCCACGCAUUGGUCCAAGUGCAGCUUGAGCUCGUUAGUGUUGGCUUUUGCGAGGGGCAUGGAUUAUUGUCUGAGAAACAAACCGAAACAACUGUUCUCGUCGCCGACCUGCGGCAACGGGUUCGUGGAGCCCGGGGAGCAGUGCGACUGCGGGCUGCCGCUGUCCGCGGCGGGCCGCAGCGGCUGCCUCGCGUGCUGCGACCCCGACACUUGCAUGCUGAGGGCUAACGCUAGCUGCGGCGCCGGCGCCUGCUGCGAUCUGCAGACGUGUCGGCCGAAGUCGGCGGGCGUAGUAUGUCGCGCUGCGGAGCGCGAGUGUGACCUGCCGGAGUAUUGUUCGGGAUAUUCUGAGUUUUGUCCCGAAGACGUCUUCAAGAUGGACACCACGCCCUGUGCUAAGGGAGAGGCGUACUGCGUGCACGGGUCGUGCCGCUCGCGCGGAGACCAGUGCCGGCUGCUGUGGGGCGUCACCGGCGAGAGCAGCCACGACCGCUGCUACACCAGCAACAACAUCAAGGGUUCCAAGAACGGUAACUGCGGCUACGACCGCGAGACACAAGUGUACCGCGCAUGCGCCGCCGCCGACGCCAUGUGCGGCAUGUUGCAGUGUCGACACCUCAACGAAAGGCUGGAGUUCGGCAUGGAGAGUGUCGCCGUACUCAACGCUGUCUUCAUCAACAACAAUGGUACAAUAAUUCCGUGCCGCACCGCCAUCAUAGACCUGGGGCUCAGCGACGUGGACCCCGGCAUGGUGCCCGACGGCGCCCAGUGCGGGGCUGCCCAUAUGUGUCUGAACCAGCGUUGCGUGCCUGUGGAGUACGUCCGCGAGCUGAUCAGUCAGAAACAGUCGUCCGUCUGUCCGUCCAACUGCUCCGGACAUGGAGUUUGUAAUUCUGAAGGUCACUGUCACUGCGAGGCGGGCUUCGCGCCGCCGCAGUGCGCGCUGCCGGGCGCCGGGGGCUCCGUGGACGCGGGGCCCGCCACUGAUCCUAACGUGCAACACAACUUCAUGGUGGCCAUGUACAUCAUAUUCCUCGGAAUCAUUCCCUCUAUCCUCCUCAUUCUGUUCCUCAUUUACUACUCGCGGCACAACGUCCUCAUGUGGUGGAAGAAACCAAGAAAAUCGGUACAGUCACCGAAAAAAUCAAGUCUACAACAGCGUCUGUCUCGUAGCGCCAGCAAAUUCGCGGCCAACUUCCAAGGGGGCUCCCCGGGCGCCGCCGCGCCCGCCGUCCACACGUUAUCCAACCCUGACGACAUGUCCUCGAGCCUUCUAAGAAACGACUCAGACAGAAGCCCUUCAGGUAACCUAAACCCAACAGCCUGCCCAGCAUUCUUCGGAAAUUUCAAAGGUUUCUCCCUAACGCCCAUAGACAAAAAUCAAACAGAAGAACAACCGAAGACCCAAGACAAAAGCGCUAAAAUCACACCCGUACACAGAAGCAGUAGUAUCACUCAGACAACCAAACCAAUCUUGAGGACCGCCCCGCCACUCCCAGUCGUGCCGGUCACGGCGAAAACCAGCCCGAAAUCCAGUCCGUCGGUGAAAAGAACCAAUAGCACUGUGCAAAACAGGAUCAAGGCUCUGAUUGGCGAAAAAGAUGAUGCUACUCCGUCGAUACCCCCGCCCCGACCGGUCAUAUCUAGCCCCAUUCUAGAAGCUUCCACUUGCACAGCUAAAGAACUGAUAUCUCCUCUUCAAGGCUCGAAAACAUUAGGUCCAAUGAGAACAGCUCCUACUAUCCCGAAAAAUACACCAGAUUUACCACAAAGACCUUUGAGCAUGCACUCCGCGACAGUCCCAACCAAACCUUUGCCAGAAGAGCCCAAAAAAGUCAAAGAAGGAAUAUCAUUAAAUAGAAUAGCGUCUUUCCUGAAACAAGAGAAACCGAAGGAAAAGGAGAGGAAUCCAGUUGAAAGGAGUAACUCUCUCCCAAAAAACCCCAUCCAUCAAAUCAAAUUCCCGAAAACCGACAAAGGUACACUGAGGAAUUUACAAAUUUCGAACCCUAUUUUGCAAAAAGAUAUAGAAUUGCCUGUUAAUACUGUGCCUGUGGUAUCUGAUUCUGAGGACAACGAAGAUUCUAAGCCCUUUGUCAAUCGCGCUCAGAGCAUGAGAGCGCCGGCGACUCAAAAACCUAAUAUCCAAAGUUUUGGCUCUAUGAGGCAAACAGCUGGUACUGUGAGACCAUUGUCUAUGGUCGGGCGCCCUACCGCGCCUCCUCCUCCUCUACCCAACGACAACCAAACCUAUCAAACUCCCAAGGAAACCGACAAAUCGACUGAUUACGUAGAUUGCAUUGAAGAGAAACAAGCUCCUCUCGCGCAUAUCGACGAAGAAUCUGGUGACAAUAUCUAUGCGAUCAUUGAAGAAAGCCCAAUAAAACACGCGAAAUCUUUGCCCGGGGCCUCUCAACCGAUUCCAACUAAACCUCAACCGCCGCCGGAAGGAUAUAUGACUCCUAAAAGCAUCCCUUCUAAUUCUGGAAGCGCUGAAAGCAUGGGCUUACUCGGAGAAAUCGUCAACGAAAUUCAGAACCGAAAUUUCGACUCGAUAUAUUCCGCUUCUACUCUUGCAAGAAAGAAAGCGAAGAAGGAAAGCGCUGAAAACAAUAGAGACAGCACAUACAUGAAUACGGAUCAUUAUAGAGCUCCAGAGAGUGUGUACAGCAACUCUGGCGCGAAAUCCACCGCGUCGACGACUAGCAGCGGAUAUUUACACCCGUCUGCGGUCAAUGUGCCCACCUUUCAGAAGGAGCAAGACAGAGACGACAACGAAAAAGCACCUCCGUCCCCAACGUUAAAAGGGUCUUCCAAAAUACCAACAUUUACGAGGCAGGUCACACCGCCUGCCCUCAAAACGAGCACGUUCAAAAAUGUACCGCAGUCGCCAAAAAACGGGAAUAGAAAUCCGAAUUUGACGCAGAAAAUUACGAACAGCCCUGACGUUGUAUCAAGCUGUUCUGUUGCUGAUACAAAGGUCAAAGCACCAGACGUCGUCAAUAACAAUAAGGUUCCAAACGAGCCACCGAAAGUAGCAACAAAGCCUACAAUUAAGAUUGACAAUAGGCCGCCGCUUAGACCGGCACCGACGAUCGACAAAAAGCCGUCAACGAAACCGACGCCAUCUUUAAAAAAUCAAAACGUCAAAGACAAAAAUCCGACCGUGCUCCGUGCCAAUUCCAAAACAGACUCUAACGUGAAAGCCAUAGCAGAUAAUUUAAAUAAAAACAAACCUAAAGUUGUGCCUAAGCCCAGUAAUAUAGUGCAACGGACUGACUCGAAUGUGAAACAAAAUUCUACUAAAUUGAGCUCCAAGCCGUCGAAUGUUGCCAGUUUGCAGCAGAAAUUUGAAAAUAGAAAGUCUUUUGGGAAGGAAGUCAAUGUAGCGAAAAAAUAGGAUUAAAGUUAUACUUGUUGUACAUUUUUUUGUGACUUGAGGCCUAGGAGUGGACCUUCUAAGGAUCGAGAUUGUUUCCCCCACAAAACCAUUAUAUGUGCCUAAGUCAAAGGCAGUAUUUAAAGACCGCCCUUUGUGAUUGUAAUCAUUGGUUUAGUUGAAAGUUGAUUUGGAACUAGGAAUGCUAUUUUUUUUUCACUUAUAUUAUUUUUUACAAAAAUAGCACUUAAAUGUAAUAAAAUAUUGAUUUGCAUUUGUUACGUGAAAAUUAAACAAAAUCAUUUUAAAAAAACCACUUAAUUAAUUGUGUUCUGGGGGUCAUAAAGGCUUGUAAUUAUCUAGUCUAGGAGCAUAUUUUUAAAGUCUUUCAAGACAUUGAACUAUUACCUAAAUAACUAGAUUUCUGAUAGAAAUUUCAUUACACUAUUGAAAUCGAGAUUAUUUAAAAAAAAUGUUACUGGCAGCUGCUAGAAUAAGGUAAAAAAUUAUAAAAUGGCGGUCAUAUAUAAUGAUACAUUAUUAAGUAAGAUCCGUUUUUUCUUACGAGUCCUAACAUGUAAACAAUUACAAUACUUAUUGUUGAAAAGAAAUAAAAUAUAUAGGUCAAAACCUAUACAUUAUAACGAGAAGCAUAUAUGCAUAUAACCACGAAAGUAAUUUCCGAAAAUUUUAAUUUAUAUUACUGUAAAAUCAUAAAGAGACAUGGUCAGAUUGUUGACAUAACAACACUUGUGAGGAAAACCGAUCUUUACGUACAUGUGUUUAUAUUUUUGUAAGAAACAGCAGAUAGCAAGUUCGCGAUUAAUGUAUAUUAUUUAAUAUUAAUUGAAAAAAAAGUACAUACGAUUGUACAAAUAGUUAUUUAGAUCUCUAUAAAUACUCUCCAAUAAAUGAUAAUGAUUCAAGAUCAAUCUGUGUCUUAAAUAUGAGGAAACAUUGCUUUGUUUGUAUUUUUAUAAACAUAUGUUUGUAUAUGCAAUAUUUCAUAUAGAUACAUGCUGUGUGGAGUUUUGUAUAAUUUGAGUUAUAUAAUAAGUAUUUUGAGAAAUAUUUGUAUGGGAUUAAAUGAACAUAAUAUGUUAGAGUCUAUAUACGAGUAUAUUUAGGAAGAAAUUAAAUCAGCAAUAUAUAAAAAUGCCUGUAUACUCUUGCUGAACACAUUGAUAUAACUUAUUUUUAUGAGAAUUUUCAAAUACAGUAAUGUUGUCUAAAAAAAUCUAAAUAAUUAAUUUGAUCAUAUGGCGAUUAUAAUAUAAAUUCACUAAUUUGAGCAUAUCAUUGAAAUAUCAAAGGAAAAAGAAUCAUGCAUACACAUCCAGUGGUCAGAACCAAAAAAUCUAUAAUAAAAUGAUAUAGAUAUAAACGAAAUAAUUAUAUUUAAAUGAUGAAGGCUAACGCGAGUGAAUUCGCCGCUAGGAGCGCUCGUAGUGAAAGGUCCAUUUCUAUAGAAAAUUUGAAAAUGUUUUGUGCGCAUGUGCGCUUUUUUUUAAUGUCAGCCAUAGUAAAAGGAACUCGUGCUACUAAUGCCAGAUUCAAAAAAUCAGGUAUAUAAUAGGCUUUUAACCUUUACGAAAAGAAAACUAGCAAGGUCACACUCGAUUACAAGUGACGGUUACUUAGUAGGAGGCUCUGCCUACCCCGUUAGCAAGACUAUACAGGCUGGUACAUAUAUUUUUAGUUACUGGUGCUAGGCAGCUUUCAACGAAAUAUGUAUUUUUAUAUGUGUCCAAAUGCGAUGGUGUUGAGAUUAUUAUAGGCAACAGUCAUGUGUUUAUUCAAUGAUAAGAAUUAUUUGCACAAUUCUCUAAUACAUAUUGUUAAUUUAAAUGUCAAUGUACACUUAAGGCGUUUAGUUCUAACUCCAUAUUUUCCCUCUUAGCUUCGUACGAGGCGACAUAGGGGCCUUGAUAGCUAAUAAGCUACAACAACAUUCCCAAAGACCGUUGACGUCAGGCCGGCGGCCGGCCGUAAAUAAAUGAUUCUUCAAAAGUUACGGUCGAAAAUGCAACCAAUUAAAGAGGAUGCGAAAGAACAAACAUUUAUCUUAUUAGUAAUUUUUAUCUGUAUUUUGAUAAUGGUAAUGGAAUUACCAAGCUAUUACUUUAUCAAAAUAAACUAAUUAUUUAUUUGCGUGGAACUUAUUUAUUAAUUACAAGGUUUGUCAUAUCAUUUAUUUGCAAACCAAGUGACAAUACAGUGUAGUUAUUAAUAACAGACUUAUUAUAGGAAUUAUUUUACUAAAAAAAAAGACUCAAUUGACAUUUACAAUUUCUAUAUAUUAUUGGUAAUUCCGAAAAAUAAUAACACAUUUUUUUACCUAUGAUGAUAUUGCAUAAUAAUAUACAAAAUUCUACUAUAUAUUUUUUAAAAUAAACAAUUUGAGUGCGUUUGGCCUGAAUCUAGCCUGAUAGGAAAGACGUGUUACACGUAACCUCAAACAAUGCCCUUUAAUCAUAUUUUAUAAUACUGUAAUAGGAUACAUAAUAUUGUGUACAUACAAAUAAAUAUUCAUACAAUUUAUCGACGUAGUAAUAUAUUUUGAGAGGAUUGUGCAAAAGUCGUGUUUUCACUGCCAGCUUGGUACAAAAUAUGGUGCUGAUACGUCGCAAAACUGUAAAUCCAAUGCAUAUUAUAAUUUUGUGGUACUUUGGUCCUCUACUUGUCAACUAGUAACAGUUUUACAGGUCUGCCCUAAGAGGCAGGCCUCAUGCUACGUCGCCCUCCGUUGUUUUAAAUAGGUUAACAAAAAAAAAUUCUUGUUCCUUCGUGGGACGUCAAUGCAAUAGAAGACGACGGAGCGCAAAGCAGCAAUGUGGCCUGGCUCUGUGCUAUUUUACUAUAAUGCUUUGAGUCAGAAAUCGCAAGAAAAUUAUAUUUAUAUGAUAUAUAGUAGCUUCUGACCGUGCCUUGCUUUGUAUCGCUCGGGAAUAGAACAGCCCAAUAGAACUUAAACUUGACAAGUAAUGGACAAGAUUUUAAUUAAUAAAUAUUAAUUUAUAUCGAAAUAGUGUAGAAAUGUAUGGUGUGCGUGAUAAUAACAUUAAUUAUAUACGGCAAAAGUAUAUUCUAUGAAGAGUUAUUGUAACGAGCAUUAGUUACGUAAUUUUGUUUUUAGACAAUUUUCACGCUGGUCUGGGAGCGAAAAUAUACCCAUAGAUUGUGCCAGCUCUCCCGCGCAGAUUGUAAAAGUCAAUCAAGGGAGAGGGCUAUAAUUUGUAGAUUAUUUUCAUAGGCGAUGGGUUAGUAAACUACCACAAUGUAUUUCCAUUCCACCAAUAAUAAGUAUACAGCUAAAUGUAGUCUUCGUUAUACAACUCUUGAUUCUGUCUGCCCCGUAAGGGAUAGACGUGAUACUGUAUCUGUAUUUAGACGAAUGGCAUAGUAUACAUUUUCUUUUUCAACAUCAACUUCAGACAUAUACCUCAUUUUACAAUAGGUAUUGUAAAUAGUUUUUGAAUAAUUAUUAAGUGAUUGUAAAGUUUAUUUGAUUAGUAGGGGUUUUUUUAAUAUGAAAAGACUGCAUUUUUAAUGUCACGAAAAUUAUUCCAAUUUAUAGAGCUACUUAAAAUUAAAAAUAAUAAUGAUAAAAAAAUAUUUCACUCACUUUUCAAUUCAAAUAUUGAUUUGAACCUUUUCUCAUCAUAAUUAAUAAUAUAACCGAUCAAGUUUAAAUUUGUAGUUGUGAUAUCGCUUACAAAUAGUUUAAUUUCGAUUAUUGUAAAUAUGUAACCAAAGAAAUUAAGUAUCCCAUUACACUGGGACUUUCUAUAGUAAAUAUUUUUUCUUUUUUAGUGUUUACAUUUGGCCGAUACAGAAUUGAAAUGAAUUUUUUUUAUGAUGAAUUUACUAAUAAGUGGAUGAAGUAAGAGGUUACUUAUCAAAGAACAAAUGAAUCUCAAAAGCUAUUUUUUAUUACAGUAGAAUAUGUGGAUGUUACCACUAUUUUUGUUGGGUACUGCCCUAAAGGAUUUACUUGCUUAUUUUGUAUGUAUUAUUAUUUAUUACUAGCUUUUGCCCUUGGCUUCGCCCGCGUUUACUUCAUGUAUCUACUCAUAACUUAUUAUUGUCAAUAUCUCGGGUUCUAAGUAAUGUAUAGCGAUGUAACCUAUACCAGGUUUUAAGUUAGACCAUCCGCUAUACAAUUGUGAAAGCCACAUCUCGAAAAAUAAUCAGGUAGAUAAAAUGUCUCCAGAGAUCAAAAAGUCACUUGUUUAAUGUGACAAAACCUUGAGUUUGACUAUAGAAUGUGUGAAUAAUUACUUGACUUGUGUAAUAAUUAGAUUAAUUUUUAAUUGAAGACUGUGAAAGAUUUAUAAAUAUUACUUUAUCACACUUAAAUUUAUUAUAAGCUAUUUCGCAAAUAGGUGCACUUUGAUUUUAGCAAUCUAUAGGAAGGGAUACAGAAUACGUCCUUUUCGAAAAUGUUCAAAGAAUAAAUUUAUUUAAAUGA